AUCGAUCGGGACAGUAAGGACACGCAGCGCUCAACGAGAAAGUGAGAGGAGAGAGAGCGACACACUCAGAGGGGGCGCCCACGAUGAAGGAGCUGGUGCCGCAAGAUGCGACGAAGCGCAUCAAGCACAUCCAGUUCGGCGUGCUCUCGGCGCAGGAGAUUGUCGGCAUGAGCGAGCUGGAAUGCACGACGCGCGACAUGUACGCCCUGCGCCAGGAUGGCGGCGAGCGCUACCCCGUCAGCCACGGUGUUCUCGACCGACGACUGGGCAUCUCGGACAAGUUCAACUCGUGCGAUACAUGCGGCCUCAAGAUGUCCGACUGCGUGGGCCACUACGGCUACAUCAAGCUCGUCCUGCCCGUGUUCCACAUUGGCUUUCUCAAGCACAUCAUCUCCAUCCUCCAGGUCAUCUGCAAGAGCUGCGCCACGGUGCUGCUCGACGAGCAUGCGCGGCGAAAGUACCUGAGCAUCUUCCGGCGGCGCAACCUCGAGAACCUGCAGCGGACACAGACGUUCAAGGCUGUCCAGACGGCUGCCAAAAAGGUCCUCUACUGCCCUCGUUGCGGCUGCACCAACGGCGUCGUGAAGAAGUUUGGUGCCCUCAAGAUCGUCCACGAAAAGUUCCGGGCUAAAAAGACGGAGAGCGAGAAGGAAGCGUUUCGGCGCACGUUUGACAGCGCAGUCAAGCUUGGCGGCACUGGGCCCGGCGACCUGGCCACGCACCUCGCCAAAGCACAGGACGAUCUGAACCCGCUUAAGGUCUUGGAUUUGUUCAAGCGCAUUUCUGAUGAGGACUGCGAGCUGCUGGGAUUGCGGCCAGAACACGGCAGGCCCGAAGAAUACAUCUGGCAGUACAUCUGCGUCCCGCCCGUCUGCAUCCGGCCCAGCGUUCAGCAGGAGGGAGCCAGCAACGAGGACGACCUGACGGUCAAGCUGACCGAGAUCAUCUUCUCAAACAGCCUCCUCAAGUCGGGCCUCCAAAAGGGCGGCAAGGGCACCACGACGACGCAGCUCGUCGAGCAGUGGGACUUUCUGCAGAUGUCUGUCGCCCUCUACAUCAAUUCCGAGAUGCCUGGUGCGCCGUCGAUGCCCGGUGCCAAGCCGAUCCGCGGCUUCUGCCAGCGCCUCAAGGGCAAGCAGGGCCGCUUCCGUGGCAACCUCUCGGGCAAGCGUGUCGACUUCUCUGGCCGCACCGUCAUCUCGCCCGACCCCAACCUGCGCAUCGACGAGGUGGCCGUGCCUGAGCGCGUGGCAAAGAUCCUCACCUACCCCGAGCGCGUCUUCUCCCACAACAUCGAAGAGAUGCGCCGUGCCAUUCUCAACGGCUGCGACGUCCAUCCGGGCGCCAACUUUGUCAUUGACUCCGAGACGGGCUUCAAGCGACUUCUCCGCUUCGCCGGGUCCAUGAAGCUGGCGGCAGCCAACCUCAAGGUGGGCGACAUCGUCGAGCGCCACCUGCGCGACGGCGACAUUGUCCUCUUCAACCGUCAGCCGUCGCUGCACAAGCUGUCCAUCAUGUCCCACCGCGCAAAGAUCAGGCCUUGGCGGACAUUCAGGCUCAACGAGUGCGCCUGCAACCCAUACAACGCUGACUUUGACGGCGACGAGAUGAACAUGCACGUGCCCCAGACCGAAGAGGCCCGCACAGAGGCCACCGUCCUCAUGGGUGUCAAGCACAACCUCGUCACGCCGCGCAACGGAGAGCCGAUCAUUGCGGCCAUUCAGGACUUUAUCACGGCCUCCUUUCUCAUCUCUCGCAAGGACCGCUUCUUUACUCGGGGCCAAUUUGCGCAGAUCUGCAGCUACUUUGCCGACGCCAACCUGCACAUCGACAUUCCUCCCCCCGCCGUCUGGAAGCCGCAGAGGCUGUGGACGGGCAAGCAGGUGUUCAGCGCCCUGAUCAGGCCGAACAGCAAGUCGAAUGUGCUCGUCAACCUUGAGGCGCAGUGCCGGACGUUUGAGAAGCCAAAGGGCGGUCACAUCAAGGACAUGAGCCCAAACGACGGCUGGCUUGUCAUCCAGAACUCCGAGGUCAUGUGCGGCGUCAUGGACAAGAGCACGGUGGGCGACGGGAAAAAGAACAGUGUGUUUGGCGUCAUGCUGCGCGACUAUGGGCCCGAUGCGGCCAUCCAGGCCAUGAACCGGCUGGCCAAGAUGUGCGCCCGCUGGCUCGCCAACCAGGGCUUCAGCCUCGGCAUCAACGAUGUCAUGCCUGGCGCACGGCUCCGAGCGACAAAAGACCAAAAGGUAGAGGCAGCCUACACCGAGUGCCUGGACCUCAUCGAAAAGGCCAAGCGGGGCAAGCUCGACAAUCUGCCGGGGUGCGACCAGGAGCAGACGCUCGAGAGCAUGAUCUCCGGUGUCCUCUCAGGCGUCCGUGGCGAUGUGGGCGAGAUCUGCAUGCUCGAGCUGAGCAAGCACAAUGCACCCCUCAUCAUGGCCGUCUGCGGCUCCAAGGGCUCCAAGAUUAAUGUUGCCCAGAUGGUCGCCUGUGUCGGGCAGCAGAUUAUCAGUGGCUCCCGUGUGCCCAACGGCUUCCAGGACCGCUCGCUGCCGCACUUCGCCAAGAAGUCCAAGGAUCCACCUUCCAAGGGUUUCGUCCGCAACAGCUUCUUCUCUGGUCUCACCCCUACUGAGUUUCUCUUUCAUGCCAUCUCUGGACGAGAGGGCCUCGUGGACACGGCCGUCAAGACGGCAGAGACGGGCUACAUGCAGCGGCGUCUUAUGAAGGCCCUCGAGGAUCUUUCUACACACUACGAUCUCUCAGUGCGCAACUCUGUCGGCGGUGUGGUGCAGUUCACCUACGGGGACGACGGCCUGGACCCGGCCGAGCUCGAGGGCAACGCGCUGCCCGUCGAGUACCACCGCUCCUGGCGACACGCCCUGGCCGUCACGAGGCACAUACCCGAGCGAGGUCUGCUGCCGUACGAGAUUGACGAGUUGGUGCGCAGUACCUUGGCGGAGCCCCUCUUCACCGUCAAGACAAACGACUACUACAAGGACCAGGUGCUGUCGUUUAUGCGCGAGUUUGUCAUUGAAAAGGCAGCCAAAAUCCGCGAGGCCCACGGCAUGUAUCCUGCCCUGGAGCGCGAGGACUUUAUGGACGAGGGCACGGAUCUGACGAUGGGCGUCGACAACACCGUGGUCGCCAUCGUCGACAACAAGACCCAGGUCCGGCGCUCGGCCGUGCUCGAGUUCCUCAAGAUCUGCUUUGACAAGUAUAUGAAGGCCAAGGUCGAGCCGGGCACGGCCGUGGGCGCUAUUGGAGCCCAGUCGAUUGGCGAGCCGGGCACGCAGAUGACUCUCAAGACAUUCCACUUUGCCGGUGUGGCCUCGAUGAACGUGACGCUGGGUGUGCCGCGUAUCAAGGAGAUCAUCAAUGCGGCAAAGUCUAUUAACACGCCCAUCAUCACGGCUCAGCUCGUGAACCCCGAGAGCGAGACGGCGGCGCGCAUCGUAAAGGGUCGCAUCGAGAAGACGUACCUGGGCGAUGUGGCCAGCGUCAUCGAGGAGGCGUGGGCCAGUUCAUACGUGUACCUGGGCGUCCACAUCGACAUGAAGGCCAUCGAGAAGCUGCAGCUCGAGGUGACGCUCGACGACGUGCGCCGCGCCAUCGUCCAGGCGCCCAAGCUCAAGAUCAAAGACGACCGCGUGACGCUGGUGCCCAAGAAGAACCGGAUCCGCAUCUACAUUGGCCAGGACGACGGCGGAGCGAACAGCAAGCCCGUCGACGAAAAGGAAAUCUACUACGGGCUCAAGCUGCUGAAGCGCGCGCUGCCAAAGAUCAUCAUCAAGGGCAUCCACGAGGCUGCACGGGCCGUCAUCAGUGACGAAAAGGGCAGCCGCAAGCUUCUUGUUGAGGGCUACGGCCUUCGAGAAGUUAUGACCACCGAGGGCGUCGUGGGCCUGCAGACACACACGAACCACAUCAUGGAGAUGAAGGAGGUCCUCGGCAUCGAGGCCGCCCGGACCUCUGUCUUCCGCGAAAUCGACUACACGAUGGCCUCGCACGGCAUGUCAAUCGACCCGCGCCACGUGAUGCUGCUGGCCGACGUCAUGACGUACAAGGGCGAGGUCCUGGGCAUCACGCGCUUUGGCGUGGCCAAGAUGAAGGACAGCGUGCUGAUGCUGGCCAGCUUUGAAAAGACGACGGACCACCUGUUUGACGCGGCCCUGUUCGGCAAGACGGACGCGAUCCAGGGCGUGAGCGAAAGCAUCAUCAUGGGCAACGCGGCCCAGAACCUGGGCACGGCCAUGCCGACGCUCAUCAGCGCCAAGCCAGCACUGCCGCCGAUGCGCAAGCUCCUCUUCCAGCGCCACGCCUGAGACACAUCCACCACCUUUUUUUACCUCUUAUUUUCUUCUUUUCUCUCCCUCCACCUUUUUUAUCUUUCUUUUUGGCUGUACCAUCAUCCUGUACGAUAUACCUUCAAUCACAGAAAUAAAGCAAGC